CUGCUUCCUCGUUUCUUCUCGGAUUUCUUUCUCUUCUCUCGCCAGAUCGCCGCCUCCUUCUUCCUCAUUGCAGAUCCACCGUGGUACGCCGAUUUCUUAUAUCCAGGAGAUCCAAAUCGCCAUAUUAGCUCUGAGUAUCUGACGAGGACCAGCCAAAAGAGUUUGUCUUCCUUAUAAAACUAUGGACCAUCUUCCUGUGGAAGUUGUUGGAAACAUACUGUCACGGCUCCGAGGAGCUAGGGAUGUUGUGAUAGCUUCUGCAACAUGUAGGAAGUGGCGUGAAGCUUGUCGUAAGCAUCUUCAGACACUUUCUUUCAACUCAGCUGAUUGGCCUUUUUAUCGAGACCUCACAACUCAUCGUCUAGAGAUCCUCAUAACUCAAACCAUCUUCCAAACCACGGGGCUGCAAGGCCUCUCAAUUAUGAUGGACGAUGCAAACAAGUUCUCAGCUGCGACUGUCAUUGCUUGGCUUAUGUAUACAAGAGACACAUUGCGUAGGCUGUCUUAUAAUGUCAGGACCACUCCAAAUGUCAACAUUCUUGAUAUCUGUGGGAGGCAAAAGCUAGAAUCUUUAGUUUUGGCUCAUAAUUCUAUCACAGGGGUCGAACCAACAUUCCAGAGAUUCCCUUGUUUGAAGUCCCUUUCGCUGAGUUAUGUCAGCAUUUCAGCCUUGGAUCUGAACCUUUUGCUUAGUGCAUGCCCGAUGAUUGAAGCUUUGGAACUCGUGAGCCUCGAGAUUGCAAUGUCAGAUGCGCAAGUGACGAUUGAACUGAGCAGCCCGACGCUGAAGAGUGUUUAUUUCGAUGGGAUUAGCUUGGAUAAAUUCAUCCUGGAGGCUGAUAGUAUCGAGUUUUUGCAUAUGAAAGACUGUGUCCUCGAGCUCUUUGAGCUUAUAGGAAACGGGACCUUGAAACAUUUCAAGCUUGAUGAUGUUAGUGUCAUAACUCUUGAUAUCAUGGAGACUUCUGAAAGCCUUGAAGUAGUUGAUGUAAAUCACUUCACAAUGGUCUGGCCAAAGUUCUAUCAGAUGAUCUCAAGAUCUCAGAAGCUGAGGAAACUCCGUCUAUGGGAUGUGGUCUUUGAUGAUGACGAUGAAAUCAUCGAUCUUGAGUCCAUUGCUGCAGGUUUCACACAACUGACACAUCUCUCGUUAAGCUACGACUUAAAAGAUGGAGCUGCUCAUUACAGUUUGCAAGGGAACACUCUGUUGGAGAACGUGACUGUACUGGAGCUUGGAUGGACCGUGAUCAAUGAUGUUUUCUCGAUCUGGGUCGAGGAGUUGCUGAGAAGAUGUCCGAAUUUGAAGAAACUGAUCAUUUAUGGGGUUGUCUCGGAAACCAAAACACAGGGAGAUUGUCAAAUUCUGGCGACAUUCACAUGGUCUAUUGUUCAACUCAUGAGGAAAUACAUUCAUGUCGAGGUACAGUUCGAGUACGAGUAAAUGAUUCUUCUUCUCGAUUCUGUUGUAAUUGUAAACAAGUUUGAAGCAUGUAAAGAUUGGAUUUUUGAAGUCGUUCUUAGCAUAAACUGUAAAUAAUGUCUUCUUUUUCUCUGUUCUUUGUUUUCUCGGUUUGCUUUACUAUAUUUCCUUUGGUGGAUUGUUGAUUCGGUCGGUGCCUAGUCACGAACCGGAAUUGAACCGGCCGUAAGCAAAUC